CGAACGAAUCCACUUUCCUGUACGUUUUUGGGCUGGUGAUAAUUACCUUUCCAUCAAUGGUCCUAUUUCAGAGUCUAUAUAUAUCAAAUUGUGGCAAGAGCAUCUCACAUUCUCACAUUAUGGAAGUAACUUCUCGAGCUCUUCCUAAUACCAUAAGAUUCGUUGGUUUACUUGGUAGUCAUGCUUUAGGUAGCAAUCCAAAGUUCAUGGCUACAUCGGUUGAUCUAGGACGAGAAUUGGUAAGGCGAAAAAUCAGGCUUACCUACGGAGGAGGCAAUGUUGGCCUUCAAGGAGCUGUAGCUUCAACAGUCUAUAACAAUGGUGGUAGAGUUAGAGGUUUCAUACCAGGGUAUAUAGCGACACGAGGGGUCUAUGGACCAACAUAUGGUGCAGAGUACACCGUCUCUAGCAAUUACUAUAAGUAUUUCGAGAUGAAUCAUAUUGUGGAAGCCUUCAUUGUACUUCCUGGAGGAAUUGACACUAUGGAAGGUUUAUUCACUUUGAUCUCAUGGGCAUCCGAAGGGUUACACAGUAAACCCAUUGGUCUUUUGAACAUUGACGGUUAUUUCAAUAACCAAAUCAAGUUUCUAGAUGAUGCGGUGAGGCAGAACUUCAUGGCUUUGAAUCAGAGGAAACUAUUCAUUUCUUCUUUCUUUGUUGAUGAGCUUUUGGACAAGCUAGAGUUGGCUAAGUCAUUCCCAGGUGCUAGUUAUGACGAGUUUACAAAUCCUGGAAGAGAUGUCGCGGAGGAUGCGGAUGCAGGACUUUGAAAAUACUGACUUAAUGAUCCGAAAAUCGUUUUGCUCUGAUACCAAAAUGUAACACCCCAAUCCGUAUAACCCGGAAUUAUACGAAUUAUGACUCUGGAUCGCGACCCAUUUAAAAAUAUUUUUAGAGCAAUGCGGAAGUACAAUAAUAACCAAAUCAUGACAUAUUUUAAAAUAUGUUGAUCAAACAUUUGCCUGCUAUCCUUGCAUCUCCUCUGACUCAAUGCCCUCCGGGAAUGGUUCCAUCAUUGUCUUCUUGUUACCUACGUGUAGUCAACGAAAAAAAAUACAAACUACACGCUCAGCGAAACCGCUGAGUGGUACCACGCUAGAAUUUGUAGAAUGAUUCACAGACGUAUACAUAUACAUAUAUAUACGUCCACAAAUGUAUAAUAAUAUUCAUGAUAUGGCACAUUAUAUCAUAUGGUCAAUUUGAUGAUUCAUGAUGAUAAAUUUUUGAUGAUAAUUACAUGAUGGCACAUUUAAUCAAUUUGCUUGUGAGGAUGAUUACAUGAUACUCAUAUAAUCCAUAUAUACUUGUUCUUGAUGAUGAUUACAUGACAUCUAUGUAAUUGAUGUACUUGAUGAUGAUAACAUGAUGCGUAAUUGAUGUCACACAUAGUCAUGAUGAUUUUACUUGAUGAUGACUUCAUGCUGUAUGAUUCUAAGUCGCAAGGACGAGCCUUGAACUAUGAGAUUCGCCCAUUUGGUACGACGAACUCACGCAGAAAUAGGGGUGGUACUCGAAAAUCUAAGUACCAUGUACGUACACUAAGCCCGGUCCGUGAUGUCGGACUGCUAAGUCCCGCACAAUCACAACUACAAGAGACGCACUUCAGCCUGAUCUCUUGCGCAUGCACAUGAUGUGAUAUGUUUCAAUAUGAAUGAUGAAAUGAAUCACAUGAUAUGAA